AAGGAUUUAGAAAGUCCUCAGAGGCUAUUUCUUUCUCGCAGAGGCGGCCACUCCCUAAAUCCCGGCAAGGAAGGGGAGGGGACUGAGCGGGGUCACGCCCCUUCUCCUGUAAACACGUGUCUUCCAGCUUGGCUGCUGGAGUUUGAUUUACUGAGAGUAGCUGCGCGCCCUGAACUUUCCCCAUGGUUUCGGUGACCAGAUCCGUGUUCGGAGAACUGCCCUCAGGGGCAGGGACCGUGGAGAAGUUCCAGCUGCAGUCAGACCUGCUGAGAGUGGACAUCAUCUCCUGGGGCUGCCCCAUUACGGCUCUGGAGGUCAAAGACAGGCAGGGGAGAGCCUCAGACGUGGUGCUGGGCUUUGCCGAGUUGGAAGGAUAUCUCCAAAAGCAGCCCUACUUUGGAGCAGUGGUUGGAAGGGUGGCCAACCGGAUUGCCAAAGGAGUGUUCACAUUGGACGGGAAGGAGUAUCACCUGGCCAUUAACAAAGAACCCAACAGUCUACAUGGAGGAGUCCGUGGGUUUGAUAAGGUCCUUUGGACCCCUCAGGUACUGUCCAAUGGCGUCCAGUUCUCCCGUGUCAGUCCUGAUGGUGAGGAAGGCUACUCUGGAGAAUUAAAAGUCUGGGUGACAUACACGCUCAGUGGUGGGGAGCUCACCGUCAACUAUCGCGCACAGGCCAGUCAGACCACGCCGGUCAACCUGACCAACCAUUCUUAUUUCAACCUGGCAGGCCAGGGUUCCCCGAAUAUAUAUGACCAUGAAGUCACCAUAGAGGCUGAUGCUUUUUUGCCUGUGGAUGAAACCCUGAUUCCAACAGGAGAAGUUGCUCCGGUGCAAGGGACCGCUUUCGAUCUGAGGAAGCCAGUGGAGCUUGGGAAGCACCUGCAGGAGUUCCGCCUUAAUGGUUUUGACCACAACUUCUGCCUAAAGGGAUCUAAAGAAAAGCAUUUUUGUGCAAGGGUGUAUCAUGCUGGAAGUGGGCGAGUCCUCGAAGUGUACACCACCCAGCCUGGGGUCCAGUUUUACACAGGCAACUUCCUGGAUGGCACACUGAAGGGCAAGAGUGGAGUGGUCUAUCCCAAGCACUCGGGUUUCUGCCUUGAGACCCAGAACUGGCCUGAUGCAGUCAAUCAGCCCCACUUCCCUCCUGUGCUGCUGAGGCCUGGGGAGGAGUAUGACCACACCACCUGGUUCAAGUUCUCUGUGGCCUAAGGAAGUAGGAAGAUGUGACCCUGUCCAGGGCCAGGCUGGGAGAACCCUCUGCAGCCUGUCUUCUGUCCAGAGAUGAGAUGAAGAUUCAGAAGCUCUAAAAAUGAUCCUGUGAACUAAAAUCAUACAAAUGGUGGCUGUCACGAUCAUCAGCUUGAAUAUUGAUUUCCUUUCCCAGUGUCUGACUCCAGGCCAUGUUUAUAGACUGACCCCAGCCCAGAAGGGUACUGAGCACAGGUAGAGCACAGGUACACACACAGUCCUCAGUUCCACCUCCCCACCCCGCCUCUUUUCUUUCCACUUUUCACCUUCUUUGAUGCUACUCUCACCGCUUUUCUGCCUCUCCUUUACUUCAGACCGCUCUUGUGCAACAAGGUCACCUGAGCUCGUUUAGCACGCUGGCAGAGGGACCCGUGCCUCUGCAAGGCAGACGACUGACAGUGAAGGAGCUGACAGGUUUAGAGAGGGUGAGAGACCCACAAGCUAGCAAAUACCGUAGCCAGGGCUUGAGUUCAGGUCAUGAAAAUCAAAUCAAAUCCCCUUCUUUACCUCUGCAUUAGUGUCCCAGACCGUUUCCAGGGUGACUGAGGGACAAAGAAGGGUCUGGCCUCAGUCUUUCUUGUCAGAUUGUUUCAUAGGAAGCAUGAGGCUGACUUGAAUUCUCUCUUAGCCUUAGAAGUGGUAUGACUUGAAGUGCAAGAUCAAACCACCCAGAAAGAAUCUGCCAAUUAGAUUCUCUGCCUUGAGGUGAACUGAGAAAACUCAGCUCAGCCCUGCCAAGGUAUGGGAGAAAGGAAGGCAUUGGAGACGAGUUGUGCAGCGUGAGGAGAGUGCUUCGCCUUUCCAGCACCAUGCAGGUUACACUUUGCACCAGGAACAGACGUUUGGUAGACAAGGGUGGCCCCCCUCUUCCUGGACAGUUGAAUCAUCAAUGGGUUUGGGUUGGUAAUUUGUAAACAAACAUAUUUUCUACAAUCAUAUACUCCAAUCAGUUGAAAUAAAGCCAAAAUCUGCAUAU